UAAAAAUGAAAGUGUUGUGCGUCUUACUGAUUGUUGCUGUGGUUGGGUGCUUUGCGGCGCCUGGGACUGGUGAAGAUAAAGUUGAACUAUUCUCGGGGGUUGCUAUUGAAAAGGAUGCGUCUGGAGAAGAAAAACUUAACGUCAAAUUUGAACCAGGCGAGCUGAAGGAAGCGGCCAGAACUUUUGAAGAAGCUCGUGGCAAAAUCAAGAAGUACACGCCCCUCCUCGCAGGGAUUGGCGUGAAGGUGAUCGCCGUAGUCGGCCUCCUCUUCGGUGGCCUCACGCUGCUCGUCACCAAGGCCCUGGUGGUAGCCAAGCUGGCUUUCCUGGCUGUGGCGGCGCUUGGUAUCCAGAAACUGUGGAGCGGUGGUAGCUUGAACAACAUUAGUGGAAAGCUCACUGGCUUCCAGUCGGCAUCUCCGCAAUGGAACUCCCCCACAGCACCAGCGUCUUCCUACCCCUACGCCAGAUCCUCGAGCAUUGCUCAAGACGCCAACGACUUGGCGUAUAAGGCACAGAUACCCUCUUAA